AAAAUUAAUAUGGUAGCUGGCUUCGUUUGUUUCCAAUCACAGACAAUUUCCAAUAUAAAGGGCUGAGGAGGAAUUUUAUUUAAUAUUUUUAAUUUAUUCUUUGGGUGUUUUGUUUAUAGUUCUCAGAAAUGACAUGGUUAAUUUAAUUCAAAGAGAAUUUAAAUACUACGUUUUAAUACUAUACUCUGCUGUCAUCAUCAAUUUAUAGUACGAUGGACGAUUUGUUUAUUGCAGUAGUAUGUUCGUCGAACAUGAACCGCAGCAUGGAAGCACAUGCAUUUCUUGUAAAGAAAGGAUUUAAAGUAAAAUCAUUUGGAACAGGUGAAAAAGUCAAAUUACCUGGUGCAUCUGCUGAUCGUCCCAAUUGUUAUGAAUUUGGCAUACCCUAUGAUGAUAUUUAUAACGACUUAUUGGAAAAGGACAAAGGAUACUAUACUCAGAAUGGUUUGCUUCAUAUGCUUGAUAGAAAUCGGAGAAUUAAGCCCUGCCCAGAAAAAUUCCAAGUAUCAACGGAACGAUUUGAUGUUAUUAUAACAUGUGAAGAGAGAGUUUAUGACCAAGUUAUAGAAUGGUUUGGUUCUCGUAGAUCUGUUCAUAACCAGCCAGUUCAUGUGAUAAAUAUUGACAUCCAAGAUAAUCAUGAAGAGGCCACAAUAGGUGCAUUUUUAAUAAGUGAUAUGGUUACUAAAAUGGCUCAAAGUGAAGAUUUGGACAAUGAUAUUGACGAAUUGUUACAUGAUUUUGAAGGAAAAUGCCAUAGACCAAUAUUAAAUUGUAUUAUGUUUUAUUGAUACAUAAUUUACACCCAUAUAAAAUGAGUCAUGAAUUAUUUUAAAAUAAGAAAGUUUAGUGUAAAUAAAUGUUUAAUGAAUUGAAUUGUAAGCCUUACAAAGAUUGAUACAUAUUUAGAAAACACCAAUUUUACUUGAGGAUUUAUUCUUUCUCAAUAAAAAUGUCUUCUAUUAUAAUGGAAAUAAUAUUUUAUCUUGACAAUAGCUGGACUAAUGAGCCAUGUAUUUGUUGCUCCUGAAGUAGUCUCUUUCUUCCCUCAGGCAAUACAUAUCCAAGUUUUUCUACCACACUAAAAAUCCUUAGCUAUGAAUGUUAAUUAAUUUUUGUAACAUGUGUUAUAAAUAAAACUAUUAGUUUGUGAACUUUCUUCAGUGUUCUUCAAGAUAGCAGGCUCACCAUCGAUUUAAGGAUCUAAUUUAUGUCAAUAAAUUGUGAGUAAAUAAUGAAAAAUAGUGACGCACCUUAAAUUAAGUAAUUUUAGAAUGUCUUACAAUGUCUUAAAAUAAGAAUUUUGAAUGAAUUAUGAAAUUCAAAUUCUUGUUUAUUUGUUAAAAAUAUUUACUUAUGACACUUUCUCAAGUAAUUAGGUACUUCUCUCGAGUAUAGACAUGAUAAGCUAGACCUCUAGGUAAUAGGCAUACUAUAUGAUUUGUAUUACAUUUCAAAAAUUGUUACUAAAUUC